GGAAAACCUAAUCACAGUGACGAAGUCGUGCUUGAUUUGUUGCAAACAAUCGUUAUCCGUGAUUAACUAUAGAAAUUAUGGAACUCAACAUCACUGGCUUUUCAAGUUGAUCGCACACAUUUUACAUCAACGGGAAAGGCUAUAUUCGAUUCAAUUGGACAAACAUAGUAUCGAGGAUAAGUUAUCAAUAGGAGCGAAGAGCCAAUAGAGGCAAAGGCAUUAAUAUAUAGAAGAAGAUGUAUGCGAUUAAAGGUGCCCUUAGUUAAUGUGCGAAAAAAAUGUACGGUCAGCGGAAGACGGUGAAGUUUUACCUCCAUUCUAGUACAAGUGCAACGAGCUAUGCACUGUAAAUGAACAAACAAUUGCGUCUAUUGGAUUCGUCGUGUUCUUCUAAUUGAUGGUGGUGUACAUGGUGCAAAUUCAUACAUUUUAAUCAAAUCCAUAAACGAUAAUCAUGCCGGAGCUUAUUGGUGUCGGGGAGUUCCUCGAAGAAACUCGAGAGGAUUACAACUCUCCGACAACGUCCACGUUCGUGUCUCGUAUGGCUCAGUGCCGGCAAACCAUUGCAGCGCUGGAAGAGACAUUGGAUUUCGAUCGCGAAGGAUUAACAAAACUUAAAAAAGCUGUUAAAGCCAUUCACAAUUCCGGAAACACCCAUGUCGACAACGAGAUGUGCUUGGUGCGAGCCCUGGAACGGCUCGGUUCGGUUGCUUUGUCCAAAGAGGAACCGGACAUUGGAGCAGCGUUCUUGAAAUUUUCCGUUGUAACCAAAGAGCUAAGUGCGCUAAUGAAAACAUUGAUGCAAAACAUCAACAAUAUUGUGAUGUUUCCUGUCGAUUCUCUGCUCAAGUCGGAACUGCGUGGUAUGAAAGGAGAAAUGAAACGACCCUUUGAUAAGGCGGCCAAAGAUUACGAUUCCAAACUGAUGAAAAUUGAGAAGGAAAAGAAAGCGCUCGCUAAGGAAGUUGGCAUGAUGCGAACAGAGGUUACGCCCGCCGAAAUAGCGGAGGAAAUUGAAAAGGAAAGACGUGUGUUCCAGUUACAGAUGUGCGAGUAUCUUAUAAAAUUCAAUGAAAUCAAAACCAAAAAGGGGAUCGAAUUGCUACAGCACUUGGUUGAAUAUUAUCAUGCUCAAAAUAACUACUUUAAGGAUGGUCUAAAGACAAUCGCCCACUUCGGUACAUACAUCGAGGAACUCAGUAUUAAACUACAAACCAUACGUCACAAGCAGGACGAGGAACGUCGGAAGCUACUGGAAUUGCGUACACUCUUGCGUUCCACACCAGACUUUGAUCGUGUGGAAAAUGUUCCGCCCGGUGACAAGGGCGGAGCGGUCGGGUAUUCUUUACAUCAAUUACAAGGCGAUAAAAAUCAUGGCAUUACCCGCAGUGGACACUUGUUGAAGAAAAGUGAGGGGAAAGUACGACGCGUAUGGCAGAAACGGCGAUGCCGCGUAACAGCCGAUGGAUUUCUAGACAUUUGCCAUGCAGACGAAACCAAAGCACCGACAAGGGUAAAUCUGCUAACCUGUCAGAUAAAACCUCUAGCAGACGAUAGGAAAGGCUUUGAUUUAAUUAGUUAUAAUCGGUCUUAUCACUUCCAAGCGGAGGACGAGGCGGACCAGAAGGCGUGGAUGUCGGUAUUGAUCAACUGUAAAGAGAAGGCUCUAGCGAAAGCAUUUCAGCAUGCCAAUCCACAAAUGAGUCCCAGCUUAAUAGAAUUGCAAAAAACCGUCAUAAAACAUAUACAAAAUUUGCCGGGAAAUGAUCAGUGCUGUGACUGUGGUUCCCGGAAUGAUGUUACAUGGAUAAGCUUGAACUUUGGCAUACUGGUGUGCAUACAAUGCUCGGGAGUACAUCGAGAUCUGGGUGUGCAUCAUUCACGCAUACAAAGUCUAACGCUGGAUAAUCUGACCACUGCACAGCUUCUCGUUGCUCGUGCGAUGGGUAAUAAUGCGUUGAACGAAGUGAUGGAAGCCACCCUUGCGCAAGGAAAACUUACUCCGGAAAGUUCUAUGGAGGAACGAUACGAUUUCAUUCGUGCAAAAUAUGUAGCUAAACGAUACGUAAUGCGAACAUGUGCCGAUGAUCGAGAUCUCAGAAGCGACUUAGAACAAGCCAUCAUUAAUGCUGAUCUUGGUCAACUGUUACAAGUUUGGGCUGAAGGUGCAGAUUUAACUUGUGUUUUGCCAUCAUCGGAUUUUGGUGAAACAGCACUACAUUUAGCGGUGCUGCGAGAAAUGGGAUCUACGUUGCAUAUUGUGGACUUCCUCAUUCAAAACAUGACUGCGCAGGGUUUGAACAAACAAACCAAUCCACCCGGUCCGAUGGAAAUGAGUGGCAAGAACACGGCAUUGCAUCUAUGCGCACUGCAUGAUCGUCGGGAGAGCAUGAAGUUAUUACUUCGUUCUGGCUGUGAUUGCGAUAUUCGUAAUUCUCAGAAUAAACAAGCAUUGGAUAUUGCCAAAGAGAUGGGAAAUGAAGCUUGCAAAGAAUUGAUUGAACAUGCCAUGAAACGCGAGAAAAGUGCUUUUGAUCAUAUUAAUACGGAUUGGAACAUCCAUGACGAUGGUUCAACGGACUUUUCAGACGACGAUACAGCUUUGAUGGAUGAAAGGAAGUCGCGUUCCAGGCCUCCAAGCUUUGUUGGGGGCGAUUCACCGGUUGCGUUACGAUCGCGGUCAUCCACUUGUGACUCGAUUCAGAGCGGUUCCAGUCCUAGUUCAAGUUGCAAUCCUAAUGCGGUCCGCGAUCAACGUCAAAUUCCACCAAUCCCAUCAUCCGGAACAAGUCCGAAACAGUUCAACACAUCCGCAUCCGCAUUCUCCUCGCAUUAUGUCAGUGGUACCAGUGGUUCUGUAUCAAAUGCCGUUGGUGUUGGUAGCUCUGCUCCUACAUCGGGAUCUAGUCCAAUAUCUAGCAGCUCCAGUGGCAUCGCCAGAUCGGGAGCUACAUCGUCCCAACUGUCAUCAUCCAGUGUGGCAGCGUUUAAUGUGUCUGCCAGUAAAAAGCCAUCAUCUGUAAAUUUGGGUUCUUUGAAGAAACGCACGGCACCAGCACCUCCUCCUACUACCUACGGAACUUUACCGCAUGCUCCUCGACACUCGCAGAACUUAGACAAUGAAUUGUUCGGCGUUGCAUCGCAGCAUCAUGGUCUACAUGGAUUGCAUCACCAUCAUCCGGACAUGUAUAGUACACUACCACAUUUGCGAGGAUCCGAUCCUGCGUCUAAUAGCAGUGCUUCGUCCGUACCCGCCGUACUGUUGUCAAGCGAAAUGCGUGGAGGAUCAACUAAAUCGAUGCAGGCACAGCUGCAGUUCGAUAACAAAAUUUUCGAUCGAUACGAACCGUAUGCUUCUUCAACCGCUACCACUAGCGUAGGCAGUGGAAGUCGUGAUCCAAAUUUCUUGAGUACCUUCACUGGAGGUCAUAAACGCUCGCCUAGCGGAGAAUCACUUGGACGAAACUUAGCUGGUGCUAAACUAGUUCUGCCGCCUGCUGGGGAAAUUCCACAGCUGAAACCAGUGUCUAACCGUCCCAAACAACCAAUCCCUUCCCAAGUGGUUGGAACAAUAAUUGGCAAUUCAGAAAAAUUAAAUUCCAAUGGACAAUCUAAUGAAAGCUUGUCCUCUGUUGAUGAUGCAAUAGUUAUGCGACGAAAGGCAAAAGGUCCAACAGUAUCUGCGGAGUACGAAACGAACAUGGAUGAAAUGAUGAAGGGAUCAACUUAUCCCGACUAUGAUACUUCUGGUAUACGAGUAAACACGUUAGACAACUCGAUAGCGUCUUCGUCGUGUGGCAACGCCGAUUCUUCCAACAGUAGCUAUAGUCGCAACGAUAAGAGUGGUAGUACUGCCUCUGUUGGUUUAGAUUCUUUCAACUUGUCCAGUAGAAGUUUUACCGGAGUAAUGCGGCGAUGUCGAGCAUUGUACGAUUGUAAUGCUGAUAACGAUGAUGAGCUUGAGUUCAAGGAGGGCGAAAUAUUACUCGUAUUGAACGAACGAACCGACGAUGAGAAUUGGAUGGAAGGCCAAAUCGAAGGUGACAGCACGAGACGUGGAAUGUUUCCGGUUAGUUUUGUACAAAUGAUGGACGAUUAAGGGGCAUCGUUUGUUCAUUAAGCUAAGCGAAUGCUGUGAAUCGAGUUCCCAAUGAAACGGACAUUUGGUUUGAAGCUGUUACACACACACACACACACACUCAUAACUGUUCCUAGUCCCACUCUGACCAAACGCUUGGUGAAAACUAGUAGGUGACCGGUACUGGUGGAGUUUGUCUUUGAGUUUUGCAGAACAGAAAAGCUACAUGCUCUUGCAUUUGUUGUUCAUACCGUUCAUUCGUUUCCAUUUCCUACAUUUUCUUGACACAUUCUAAACGAUAUUUAAGGAUGAGAUUUCACUGAACGUAGUAUCUGCUUCGGCUUUCAUAACGUAUUCUAUUUAUUUUACAAUACGUAUAUAAUUUAUAGUCAUGCAUUGUGUGUGCGCGUUGCAACUCCAUUCAUCAAAGAGUUGUUCAUAUGACAUACAAGGCAAAACGAUCAUCGUUCCAAUAGACGAUAUUGCUGAAUUUGCAUAGAUUUUGUUUCGGGCUGUUACAGUUUUACUCAAUAAUUUUAUCCUCAAAUUAUAUCUUAUGAUUUUAAUACACAGUAGUGGUAUUAAUGAAAGACUCUGUUGCAAAGAAGGAGUCUUAAACUUGAUGAAAAAUCAUUUCGAACAAAUGCAAACGCGAAAUUUGGAAUAGGUUGGGAUUACCGAACGCUUAGCAGUAAACAAAGUUGAACCAAAAGAGAGAUCACACUAAAAUAAAAGUAAUGUAACGAAUUCCAGUAAAUGUUAUUAGAGAGGAAUAAAAACUAAACGUUUUUCACAUUACUAUGUAAUACAAGAUAGUGAAAUGUAUUUCUAAGUUUUGCCAAGUAAAUUAAAUAACGAAUGACACAUUUACAUAUAUUGUUAACGUUGAAUAUCGUGAAAAAAACUAUCACCGUAGGAAGAGGAGGAAAUACAUAUGUUACAUAACUUCAAUCAAAUGGAAAUUACACGUGCCAGUAUGUAUAAAAUUUUGCAAAACAAAUACAAAUCUACUCAGUCAUAUGGACUAUAAGAACCUAUACAUUAGUGAACGACUUUUGUUUUACUUUCGAUCGCAAUAAGUUACCUCGAGCGCAGCGAAACGUAUACAAUGUUGAAUUUCAAAUUCAAAAUGAUACACAUUGACGUAAAAGCAGCCUAGUUUUAGCACAAUAUAAGUCCAUCAGUUUUCGCGAAUAAAUGCAUCACUUUGUGCAGGAAUAUCGGAAUGGUGAGAAUUUCCGUUUUACAGGACGACAGAGGUGUAGUAAGUAGUAGCUGCAAAGCCGCGACUAAAAUCUGUGUUUGGCUUCGAAAAUUAAUAGCUCAGCAGUGUAGUAUCAUUGAAGUAAAGAAAAAUAGCGCUUGAGUUUUUAAAAAGAUUAACUCUAGAACGAAAGCCCAUGUUCGAUCGUGAGUCCACCAAACUACAAACCAUACAUGAAAUCUAACUAUAACCGUACAAACGUAAGCAAGAUCACAGCAAACUGCUAAUAGUUACGGACAUCAUAAUAGUAUUUAUUGAAUAGAAUGUUAACUCGAUUAUAGUAUCUAAAGCGAUUAUACUAAGAAAUAAAUGUACAGAUUUCAUUGUUAGA